GCGGAGCGGAGCGGAGCAGAGCGGGAUCGGGGAGCGGAGCGGAGAGGCGCGGGAUGGCGGGCGCCCUGGCGGAGGUGCUGGGCGAGGUGUUGGUGUCGGCGGACGGCGAGGAGGUGGCGGUGUCGGCGUUGGCCGCCCGCGGGGUUUCGUUGGUUGGGCUGUAUUUCGGUUGCAGCCUCAGCGGCCCCUGCGCGCAGCUCGGCGCCAGCCUGGCCGCCUUUUACGGGCGCUUUAGGGGGGAGGCGGCGGCGGCGAGCGGAGCUCAGCGCCUCGAGAUCGUCUUCGUGUCGGCGGAGCAGGAGCAGCAGCAGUGGCAGGAGGCCGUGCGGGCCAUGCCUUGGCUGGCGCUGCCCUUCGCCGAGAAACACCGCAAGCUGAAACUGUGGAACAAGUACAGAGUCUCCAACAUUCCUUCCCUGAUAUUUAUCGAUGCCUCUACUGGGAAAGUGGUUUGCAGGAACGGCCUCCUGGUAAUCCGUGAUGACCCAGAAGGACUGGAGUUCCCGUGGGGGCCAAAACCCUUCAGUGAAGUUGUUGCUGGACCUCUGCUAAGGAACAACGGCCAGACACUGGACAGCAGUGCUCUGGAGGGCUCUCAUGUCGGGGUCUACUUCUCUGCACACUGGUGCCCUCCCUGCCGAAGCCUCACACGGGUCCUGGUGGAGUCGUACCGGAAGAUCAAGGAGGCUGGCCAGAAAUUUGAGAUCCUCUUCGUUAGUGCAGACAGGUCGGAGGAUUCCUUCAAGCAGUAUUUCAGCGAGAUGCCCUGGGUAGCUGUGCCGUAUGCGGAUGAAGCCAGACGGUCACGCCUGAAUCGACUCUAUGGCAUACAAGGCAUCCCAACACUCAUUGUGCUGGACUCCCAGGGAGAGGUGAUCACACGGCAGGGGCGGGUGGAGGUGCUGAAUGACAUCGAAUGCCGAGAGUUCCCCUGGCACCCCAAACCUGUGCUGGAGCUGACGGACUCCAACGCUGUGCAACUGAACGAGGGCCCCUGCCUUGUUCUCUUUGUAGAUUCAGAGGAUGACGGAGAGUCGGAGGCAGCGAAACAACUGAUUCAGCCCAUAGCUGAAAAAAUCAUUGCUAAGUACAAAGCCAAAGAGGAGGAGGCACCGUUGCUCUUCUUUGUGGCAGGCGAGGAUGACAUGACUGACUCUCUCCGGGAUUACACCAACCUGCCUGAGGCUGCACCCCUGCUCACCAUCCUGGACAUGUCGGCCAGAGCCAAGUAUGUGAUGGAUGUGGAGGAGAUCACGCCGGAGAUCGUGGAAGCCUUCGUCAGCGACUUUCUAGCAGACAAGCUAAAACCCGAGCCCAUCUAAGGGAGCUUCUGCACCCACAGACAUUAUUUAAAACUAGGUCUCUCUUCCGCCGCUCAUGGAUUCUCCAGCGUGUUCUCACGCCCGACCCAGUAUCCAACCUUCUUGUGGUGCCUUGUUCUACGCAGUGAAUCCUUCUCCUAAGCAAACUCCUUGAGAUGCACUUUCAGCAGGGAGUCGUUGGCGUUCGGAGACUUCGCUUGUGCUUCGUGGUGAUAUAUUCUCUAAUAACCAGGCCAGAACUGUUACCGUACUUACUUUAUACAUGGCACUAGCUAGCAGGCAAAUCUUUUUGCAUGGUGUUCUUCCCAACGUAUGCAUCAGGCGGUGGAUGGGGUUCUCGGGGCUCUUUUUUUUUCCUCCUUCUCCCUUUUCUUUCCUUUCCUACAACCUCUGCCGACUAAAUUACUUUAAGGAAGCAAUAAGGAAAUUGUCCCCUUUGCCCCUGCCCCACCUUCCUUCCCCACUUGAGUAACAGUGCCCUGAUGAGGCCAAACAAAGUCUUAACUGCUGACAACCUCUGAAAGACCACAGCGCAGCCGGGCUUUUCCCCCUCGGGGUGAGAACUUCCUGGGUAGUUUUCCCACCCCACACACCGACAGCCUUAUGCAGCAUUGGCUGCGCACAUUGGGGCAGUCCAACCCCCCCGUGGCACACACAUAUCCCUCCUGCACUGAGCCAGGAGCAGAACACCACCAGGCUGCCCUCGUCUCCCCGUGGUCUCUCCCUUGUGCUCUCCCUAUCCCCUCUCCCUUUCCUGUUCCUUCUCUCUGGUAUGAAUUGUCGACCCUUCUAUGUUAGUUGUUUUUUGUAGGUGUGUCCCAAACCUGACAGUAAUGGUGCUGUUCUUUAAAAAAAAAAAAAAAAAAGAAAAAAAAAAGAAAAAAAAAAAAAGAUUCCAGUCCUUAGCAGCACAGCCAAGCCCUCCCGAAAGUGACAUUGUAAAAACUGUACAUGGUGAUUGGAACUUUGUAAUAAAACUGAUGGAAUAACCGAGCUGGGAGGUGCCGGUUGCCGCGUCCCGCAGCCCAGCACAGACCCCGGUGCUGUUUCCAUCAGGGCGGUGUCCUGGAGCUCAAUAGUGGGCGUUGUGUGAGCCA